GUGUUUAUAUGGACACGUUACGUAUAAAGAGAUUAAAUGUAAUCGGUUUAUUAGAAUUCGACCGAACUGUAUACAUGAGCCCCAAAUAAAGAGAUUACAUUUCUUCUGAGUUUACAUGUUACAUCAAUAUAAUCCGAUAGGAUUUGUUGCAACAAAUGUUGCAGUAGGUCGGAGCAGUUUGCUUUACAGGUACAAAAAUAGGUGCUGUUUUUUUUCUUAAAAAAAAAAAAAAAAUCACGAGUAUGAGUAGGACUCGCACGCACAAUCCAUUUGGUCACGCGAAGCUGUCAGGUUGUUUUUAGCCGUUUUUCACCAACUGACUAGCAGAACUAUAGCCUAUUGGUCUCGUAUGUUGCCCUCGUUUGUUUAGUAAAAAUGGAUAUGAUUUCGGUUACUUUUUGUUUAUUAAUUAAUGUUAUACAAAUUAUACAUUUUCGGAGGUUUGUGGCGCUGUGGUACAUGUUACGCAGGGAAGAGGCAAUAGGCCUGCCAUUACCUGCAAUCCCUGUUCCCCAACCAAGGACCAGGUCGUUGUGGAUGAGGGUGAGGAGCCAACAUUGGUGGUAUACCAUUGUUUUACACGAAUACACUGACAGCGAGUGGGUGGAAAACUUCAGGAUGACCAGGAGGUCCUUCCAUAAGCUGUGCGAAAUAAUGGCUCCUUAUAUGGCACCAGCAGCGACCACCGUCAGGGCACCUAUUCCACUGUUGAUGCGAGUAGCAGUGGUGCUAUACAAAUUAGGUAGCUGUGGCGAGUAUCGCCUUAUCGCCAACCAAUUCGGCAUUCACAAGUCAACAGUAAAGAAAUUCGUGUAUCAGUUCUGUGUCGGUAUGGUCGAGGGUCCAAUAAAAGAGCUCAUCCGAAGACCAACAGACGAAGAGGCAUCAGAGAUCGCCAGAAGAUUUGAGGCUGCAUACCACAUACCUCAGAUCAUGGGACUAAUUGACGGCACACACAUCCCCAUCCUUCCUCCCUCAGAUGGGUAUAGGGAUUUCGUCAACAGAAAAGGUUGGCCCUCAUAUGUCCUGCAAGCCGUCGUUGAUGACCGAUGUCGAUUCUGGAGCAUCAGCUGCAAAAUGCCCGGAAGUGCACAUGACUCAAAUGUGCUCAGCCAAUCGGAUCUCUUCAAAAGAAUGCAUCUGCUACCUCAAUGUGUGAAGACAAUUGAGGGCCAGGAAGUCCCUCUGCUAAUCAUUGGAGACCCUGCCUAUCCUUUGCUGAGGUGGUUGGUGAAGGCCUACAAACACUCCCCAGCAUUGACACCAGAACAGUUGUCGUUCAACCUACAUUUAAGUCCUGCUCGGGUGGGUGUGGAGAACACUUUUGGAAUGUUGAAGGCCAGGUGGAGGGUGCUGCUGAAGCAGAGCGAGUUCCAUUUCACCUUCACCCCGAAAGUGAUAGCAACCUGCUGUGCACUCCAUAACUUUUGCGUUAUAGAAAAAGAUGCACCCCACACCAAUUGGAUUGAGGACACAUUUGACCCCCGCUAUCCUCAGCCCACCACUCAGGAAAAUACCAGGGAAAGCGGUAAUGAUGGUGGAAGUCGAGAGGCAGUAACUGCUUACAUGGCCAGGUGCUAUCCACUGCGCACACAGCAGCAUUAAUAAACAAAGCACUUCAUUUCUCACAUGAACCAUCAAUUGUUUUUUUUUCCUCUAUUACUCAUUGCAGCA